AACGAAGAGAAGCAUUGGAUUGUUGAUGGGAACGAUAUUACUUCUCUUUUCCAAAAAUACCGGCAUCAAGCAAACAUGAUUCCUAAGCCUGUCCCUUUGGAAUCGAACAUCCAGGAGAUAUUAGCCUUGUCGGGUGUACUCUUCCUGGCGAAUGAACAGCAUAGCGAACGCAAAGUGACUGUUUUUGGGGAACAAGUGCUCAAGAAUUUG